AUGGCAAGGAACCAAGAUGCUGCGGCCGAGGAGAGGAGGUUGGCGGUCGAGGAGAGGAGGGUGGCGGCCGAGGAGAGGAAGGUGGCAUUGGAGGAGAGGAAGGUGGGCAUGGAGGAGCGAUCUGGGUUGUUGGAUUGGGAGAAGUACUUGUUCUUCAUGGACACAUCUAUCCUCAAUGAGGCGCAAAAGGAGUAUGUCAAUCUUGCCCGUGAAGAAGUCUUGAUCCAAAAAAGAGCCAUGAUUCGCAGCAUGGGUGGCGGUGGCAUUGGCGGCAUGGGUGGCGGUGGCAUUAGUGGCAUGGGAGGCAUCGGUGGCUUCAGAGCUACCAUGGGCGGCAUGGGUUCCAUGGGUGGCUUUGGAGCUACCAUGGAGACCAUGGGAGGCAUGGGUGGCUUCGGAGCACCUCCGGGCGGCAUGGGAGGCAUGAGUUUUGCGUCUCUCAUGGGAGGCAUGGGAGCACCUCCGGGCGGCGUCGGCGGAAUGUCUUCCGGUGUGCCUCACACACCUUCACAUGAUGCCGCUGAAGAUCUUGCCAACACCUUCUGA